AUGUCAUGGGAUGAAUAUGAUGAGGCAAGCCUUUCUUCCUCUGCUCGGAGUUCAGAGGAUAUAGAAGGUGCCAGCAAUAAGGACUCUUCGGAAGAUAAUUCAGGUUGUAAAGACUUGGUUCCAGAUAACAAAGACACAAAAAACAAAACAGAAGAUGAUUGUUCGAAACUUUAUAUUACUGCCCUAGGGGAAGAAUUCUUCUACUUGUUAAUAUUUGAUGGCAGCAAUCUCACGCUUAUCAAAAGAGUAAAGAAAAAGAUAUCUUCCCAAGUAUUUGCCAAGGAUUUAUAUAUCAUUAGUGAUAAAAAGCUGUAUGGAUUCCAUGAUGUGGUAAGUUCUCCAGAUUCAUUAGAUGAGGUGCUGAAACCUGAAAGGAAAAGAAAAAAAGUAAAUGGAUCCUUGCUCAAUGAUGAGUCUCAUGAAGAGUAUACAUACAGACCUUUCAGGAAGGAUAGAAGGAUUAUUUUCAAGAGAGAGGAAGGAAAGUCUGACAUAGCUAACAACUGGGAAGGAUUUUUCAUAACUAGAGGAUUAGUCCAUAAGAUUGUUUACGAAGAUGGAGGAUACACUUUUGUAUACAAUUCCAAAAAGUAUUCCUAUGAAAAGGAGAUUGGGAGAAUAGCUCACAACAAUGAAAUGCUUGUUUAUUACUUAAAGGGAAAGGAUUCCAAGCUGUACUUUCAGGAGGUGCACGAAAAGAUCUACAGCAUCCCAAAAAUCACAACAAUGUCGUGUGAAGGCCAGUGGACGGUUGUUGGAACCGCAGAUGGUUACAUCUACCUAUUCAACAAAUGUGUUCUAAGUGGGAGAAAAAAAGUUUACAAUGUUCCAAUAACGGGAGUAGGGUUUAUGAACGAAUCGGUUUAUUUCUCCUCUUUUGAUGGUUUUGUUGGAGUACAUAGAAUGUCCGGAAGAUACAAUAUCCUUCAUAUGACGCUUCCUAUUGCUAUCUUCAUUUUUGCAAUACUCAUAGGCCUGAUUCUAAAACCUGUCGAAUUCCCAUUCACAAGUAAAUAA